GACACCUCUGCACCUUGCUUGCGCAAACGGCCACGUGGAUGUCGUUAUAUAUCUAGUAGAAAACAAGUGUAAGCUAAAUCUUUUUGACAAUGACAACAGAUCGCCACUGAUGAAGGCAGUACAAUGCCAGCAAGAAAAAUGCGUGGCUGUUCUGCUAGAGCAUGGUGCUGACCCAAAUCUGGCAGAUGCUGACGGCAACACUGCCCUCCACCUUGCGGUCCUAUCUCCUAAUACAUCUGUAGCAGGGCUGUUACUUGAGCAUAAUGCCAAUAUUGAUGCCCAGAAUAAGGAGGGACAUACUCCUCUUAUUCUUGCUGUCUCCGAACAUCAGGGAGAGAUAGUAGAGUUUCUCCUUAAAAACGGAGCUGAUGUGAAUGCUCGCGAUCAGUGUGAAAGAACCCCACUUAUGACUGCUGCUUCUGGUGGCGAGCUUAAUUUGAUAAAAGUUCUUCUUCGAUAUGGGGCUGAUGUUUCCCAUAAAGACACUAAUGGAUGGACAGCUGAGGAUUAUGCUGUUAUUCAUGGAUAUUCUAGUCUUAGUAAAGAACUGGCAGAAUACGCAGACUGGGAAGACACAGAAGCGUCUGCAGGUGGUGCACAAGGCGUCAUGGCACUGAGCACUCCUCACCGGGCAGGAGCUGCUGGCUUUAUGUUGGGUGCACCUGCUGUGGACAGAGGAGAUGGUGGUGAUCCUAGAAUUGAAAGUCCUAAGUCACCAAAGAAAAGCCUCAAAGAAAGAACCACAUCAGAUGUAAACCUGAACAAAGGAGAAUGUGGAGAAUUGUUGAAUCAAGAUGUCUCAGAUGCAAGCAACCUGGAGGAAGAGGAGGAGGAGGAAGAUGAAGAAAAUGACAAUGGAAGUGAUGCCGAAGGUUGUGAGGAGGAGGAGGAAGAGGAGGAAGAAGAGGAGGAUGAAGAUCUUACUCAAGAUGAGGAAGAGGAGGAGGAUCUGGAAGAUGAAGAAACUCAGCCUAAUGACAUGCUGGAGGAGGAGCAGGGGGAGAAAACAGAACCUAAAGGGGGAAUUAAUCCGAAAUGGGAGUAUUUUAGUAAUGCUGUGUAUGAAGGGAAAGAUGGGUGUGGAACUGGAGCUGUCUGUGAUGAUGGUAAAAUAAGUAAAGAACUUGAGGAAAAGGUGGAGGAAUCUGUUGAUACUCCUGUUACUUUUAUAGCUGGGCGUUAUGAAAGGUUGCAAGAAAAUGUAACUGCCAUGUCUCCGAAGAUAAUGAAUAAUGAAGUAUCUUGCAAGUCAGUACCAAAACAAGCUGUCUUUCAAAACCUAAAUAAUUUGCAAGAUACACAAGAAAGCUGGAACAGGAAAAGUGUGAUUCGGGAGAUGUUUCACAGAAAUGCUGACUCGUGUUUUGCGGACUCUGAAAUGACAGAGUGGAAAAAAGAGAUACCUCAGCCUCUCUCAGAUAGUUGUGGUCUUAAAGAGAAAAAAACAAGCUUCGAUGAUAGCUUUGAAAGUAGUAAUAAUUCUUGGUCAGCAGCAAAAAACCCAAGACCUGAAAGUCAAAGACCGAACUCUGUCGUUUUUGAACGUGUGGGUGAUCAAUAUCCUGAAGAAGAGCACCAUGAAGAAGUCGAUGAUAAAGUCUGUGAAGCACUGAAACAAGGAAGUGGAAACUUGUGCUUAAAUAGGCACGAAAGAAACUUAAGAGCAAUGUUUCACUCGAGUGCUGAAGAAGAAUCACUUGAACGGGAAGAAGAGGAGAAGCAGGAGAAGGAAGACACUGGUGAAGAGCUACAAACUGCAGUUGUUGAAGGUGUGAAAAAUUCUGUUUGCAAUGACAGCCGCCAAGUCCACAGUGCUUCAAAAGACAACGCUG